AUGAAACUGGAAGUACCACUUCCGCUUAUAGACGGAUGUGGGGGAUGUCCAACGGGUCAAGAAUGUGUGUCUACUGGCAUCGUGUGUAAAAAAGCUCCGUGUCCGAGUUUUCAGUGUGUGGAGAGACCUAAAUAUAAGGUCGUGAAUUCCUGCUAUGAGUGCUCACCUUAUGAAAAAUGUAUCCCCACAGGCGUCGUGUGUAUCACGACCCCCUGCCCUAGCUUCACAUGUGUCUCCAUUCCUCCCCGACCCCCAGUCGCCUGCAACCUCAAUUGCAGGCGGGGCUACACCUGCGUUCUGCGAGAACCCACCUGUACCAGAAGAAACUGUAACCGUCGCCCUGUACCCACCUGUGUCCCAGAGAUACCACAGCUUGCCACCUGCCCUAAACCUCCACAGAUCUUCACCCUCAACGACCUGGUGUGUAGGAUAAGGAAUAUCAACAGAGGGUGUCAGAGUGAUGCCGAGUGUGACUCGUCAGUUAACCAAAGAUGUUGUCUGGACCUGUGCAAUAGGAUGGUGUGUAUUACGGUACCGCGCCUGUCCGUCUAACGUAUUCAACCACAUGUUAUUGUGGUUCAAAAUGUUCAACCACAUGUUCUUGUGGUUCAACUUGUUCAACUAUAUGUUGUUUUUAAAAUGUCUGUUAAUGUUCAAUUACAAAGAGUAAAUAUUCAAC